AAAACUGAUGUCUUGUAAUUUAGAAAACUGUGACUUCUCAAUUAUUUAUACUAUAUGACAGCUACGUGAUUCCUUAUUCACUUGUGUUACAAGCAGAUAGGAAGUUGGGGCACAGUUUUUACUUUCGGUAAUCUUAGAGCGUUGAGUGGGAAGUCGUUACACUAUACUAUCAGUAUCACUGUUAAAACGUGGAAGCAGUGACUGGUGUACGGUUCCGAGUUUGUUGUGCGUUUUUCGCUGCAUUCGUACAAUCGUGGUUUGCGAAAAUAUGGUAUGGGGUAGGAAAUAGAAAUAUAGAAAGUUUACAUUCAAUUUUGUUUUUCCGAGUGCAUCUCAACAAUGAUUAGAAGAAAGAGGUCGUAUUUAUGGGAAUAUUUUUCUAUAACAGACCCCAGUAACAGAAUUGCACAGUGCGAUAUAUGUGAUCGCAGAUUACGUUUCCAAUCGACUGCGACUAACUUGAGAAAACAUUUGGAGCGAAAGCAUCCAACAAUUUUAUCAGUGCACAGCGUCAGUGCGGCAGCUGUGUCAUCUGCGUCAGGUGGUGUUGGUGACGAUGUUGAUGAACAGAAUAAUCAACAGGCUAUGUACGCUGCUACAGAUAUUGUUGAUUACGAAUCACAUGAGCCUGUGGCAUAUACCGUGGAGAUUCAAAAUGCAAAGGAUACCACAAAUGAAGCUGGUGCGACUAUGUUUGUAGUCACAGGUAAUAGUACGAUGCCUUCAGUGUCUCAUUCACCUGAUGCAUUAUCUUCAAUGGGUACCAAGAGAGAGUGGCAAGAAACAAAGAAUGCGGAGCCUCCAAUGGCACAACGCAAUGUGUCUGUAGUAGCAGAUAAUGGUACAAUGCCUUCAGCUUCUCCUUCAACUACCUCACUAUCUUCAGUAAGUACCAAGAAAGAUUGGCAAGAAACAAGGAAUGAUGAGCCUCCAGUGGCACCACGCAAUGUGUUUGUAGUCACAGAUAAUGGUAGGAUGUCUUCAGUAUCUCCUUCAUCUGCCGCAUUGUCUUCAAUACGUACUAAGAGAGAAUGGCGAGAAAGAAAGAAUGACGAGCCUCCAGUGGCACCGUGCAAGCAACUUCCAUCGUCAUCGAAGGAAAAUGAUGAAUUUGACCUCUUUGGGAUGAGUAUUGCUGCUAAAAUGCGUAAAAUGUCUAGAACAGACAAUGUACAGUGCAUCAUUGCUGAGAAACUUAUCUCAGAAGUAUUAUAUCGUGGACAACUGCAGUUUCUUACUUUCGAUACUGUUGUUAAAGUUUCUGAGAAACAUUAAGUAAUGUGGGUAGGCUGUAGUGUGACUGAAUUGACAUGUGUAUACACCACAGUGUAAACUUAGAAACAAGUUUGUACUGCUAAAACUAUGUUAUAAAUAAAGAUUUUGUAACAAUGUA